AUGGGUGGAGCUCAGGCAUUGAAGCGAAUCCCCCGCAUCAACUUUCCCAACAGACAUCCCAGAUCCUCUGCCUCUGGUUCUGCUUCUGAGACUCAAGCUUCAUCUUCAGCUAGUGAUGCUAAUUUAUCAUUUUUUUCAAGUUCAAAUGCUUCCGCAACAGUGGGAGGGAAGGCCUCUCUUCAGCCCAAAAGAACUCCAGUGUCCAAGGAAGAAAUCGAAGCAGUUUUGUCAGGCUUCUUGAGAACUUACUCCAGGAGAAUACCACCUGUUGGAUUUGGGUGGCUGCUUCUAAUCAAAAGUGUUCUGGAAAACGCACUGUAUCUUGAACUUCUUUCUGUGACUCUGAUUCAUCAAUCUUCUGACGAUGAGAAGAAGAACGUAUUUUAUGGACCGUCAUCCAUGGAGGCUGUUGCUGGUUGCAACCAUGAGUGGAAAGCUGGACUGCUAGAUUGA